AUGGUGCACAACACGGCAGGAAGGCUGCGUGCUGGGUACAUUGAAUACGGCGUGAACUACGCCGAGGACAGUGACUUGCUGAGCCGCUUCCUGGAGGAGCAUGACCCCACUUCCAAGAGGGAGGUUACGGUGUCAGGCACGGAUGGGGAAGGCUAUCCAGUCACCCACAAAUUCGAACUGCAUGAGGAAGCAAUCAAGGGCCAGAAGUCCAAGGGCGACAUGGAGUCUUGCAUCUCUGUCACUUCCCUGUUUGCGCAGGAAGUGGUGAAGCACCUCCUCAAGCGGAUGGAGAGCCUUGAUUCGCUCGUCGGCGCGAAGCUGUUUCUGCCUGACGCUUACCCCGAUGGCCCUGCGAAGAGAGAGCGCGUCUGCCAGGAGUGGUUCCAGUCUCUUUGCGAGCUCUUCAAGGCGGACAAGUUUGCGCUGCCAGGUACGCUGCUGUUGACGUCUUUUGAUGUUGACAGUGCGAGCCAUGCACUAACACCUCCCCCCCCUCCCCCACCCACCGCCAUCUGUAUGUGCCCGCAUGUGAUCAUGCAAGUGUCAGCUGGAAAAGGGCGGCACGAGAACUCGUGCCAUUCACGCGGAUGA